GAGGAGCUACUCACAUUGGCCUAUGAGAGUGGCAUCAACGUCUUUGAUACAGCGGAAGUUUAUGCUGCCGGAAAAAUUCAUUUCACUGACCAGAUUGCUAUGAGAGCCGAGAUCGUCCUGGGUAAAAUCUUACAGAAGAAAUCAUGGAGACGCUCCAGCUACAUUGUAUCUUCCAAGAUAUACUGGGGUGGGAAAGCGGAAACAGAGAAGGGGCUCUCAAGAAAGCACAUUAUAGAAGGGUUGAAAGCAUCAUUAGAGAGGCUACAGUUAGAAUAUGUGGAUGUUGUAUUUGCCAACAAACCAGAUGUUCACACUCCUAUGGAAGAAACAGUAAGAGCUUUCACCCACUGUAUCAACCAAGGCUGGGCUAUGUACUGGGGAACAUCUAGAUGGAGCCCAACUGAAAUUAUGGAGGCAUAUUCUGUAGCCCGACAAUUUAAUCUGAUUCCACCAAUAGCAGAACAGACAGAGUAUCAUCUGUUCCAGAGAGAGAAAGUGGAGACACAAAUGCCAGAGCUAUACCAUAAGAUAGGUAUAGGCACUAUAAUUUGGUCACCUCUAGCAAGUGGUAUUCUCAGUGGUAAAUAUGAUGAUGGUAUACCAAUAUAUUCCAGAGCUGCACUAAAGGGAUAUAGCUGGUUAAAGGACAAGAUAUUGAGUGACGAGGGCAGACGUCAGCAGACCAAACUUCGGGAAAUUGCCGAGAUAGCUGACAAGUUAGGCUGCUCUCUGUCACAGCUGGCCAUAGCAUGGUGUUUAAAGAAUGAGAAUGUACACUGUGUUUUAUUGGGGGCAUCUACAGUUGAUCAACUUUAUGAGAAUAUACAAGCUUUGCAGUAUGUUUCGAAACUAACAUCUGGUAUCAUGCAUGAACUGGACAAACUUCUUGGCAACAAGCCAAGUAUUUCGCGACGUGAUAACGUUUCCAGGUGACUAGCUACACAACAAAGUCACGAGCAUGUCGAGGGCACUUCGUACACUGAAUCGCACCCUUCAUCUACACAACGAAAAGGCUCACUGCUCCCUUACAAUGCCGCAUGCAGUCUGCAAUAAGAUCCAUUCACACAGCAUUUAUAUUGUGUUUAUGCCAGUGUAAAGUGUUUCGAUUCACAGUAUGCCAUUGUUUCACUGGACCGAGUCUUUCUCGUUGAAAAUAAUCUGUCAGUUACUUGAAUGUCUUGUACAUUUAUGGUACUGAUUACAAGUAAUAGUACAAAGUAUCAUGAAUUUAGGUCAAUAUCUUGUCAAUGUCUUUUUAUUACCCAGUAUUUCAUAUAGACUGGGUCUCAAUAAAUAAAUAUCACAUAGAAAACAGGAUUUGAUAUUUAAUACAGUAACUAAUAUUCUAUGAGGACUCGUUUUGACAUAUUCAUUCAUUGACCAGUAUUGCAUUAUGGACUUUUUUGGUUCAUAAUCAAAAGUAUUUUUGGUAGACUAAUUCUGUAAAUGUCAUUCAUAAAAAUUUUGGGAAAGAGACUGGUUUUGCUAAAAUCAUGAAAGUGUAUUUCAUGUGGACUGGUUGUCUUAUUUUAUUUUUCAUAAACACAUACAUGAAUUUCAUUUUUUUCCCUUAAAAUAAUUAUAAAUGUCGUAUUAUAAAUGUCUUUUCAUUGAUGUUUAAAUUAGAUUUUUCCCUGAAAAUCAUUUCUUCGCAGUAACCAAUGACUGAAUUAAAUUGUAGAUUGUUUUUGCAAUAAAAAUUAAUUUACUUAAACCAGUCUGCUCUGAAAUUAAAAGACUAUGAGAUAUAGGUAAACCAGUCUGUGUCACUAUUUCUUGUGCUACAAAAUCAUGUUAUUAUGUUAAGGUCUGGUACCAUUCUGUUUAAACCCUUAACCUGCUGACUUUGUGAAAUGAAUUUUUACUCCUUCGAAUUUUGGAACAGUCUGUUCAAAGUAUAAUGGAAAUCAGUAUCAAAUUGAAAAAAAAAAUGAGUUCCUUAGAAUAUAGAGCCUCAGGUGGGACUGCACCAGAAGUACAGACUGACCUGGCCAAAAACUAAUAAGUUUUGAUUCAUUCAGGUUAAAGGCUAAAUAUUGGUACUGUACCAUUUCUUAUUUAAGAUUAGUUCCUAGCCAUUAUGUGUUUAAAGAUUGGUUCCUAGCCAUUAUAUGUUUUAGAUUGGUUCCUAGCCAAUAUGUGUUAUUAUAUUGGUUCCUAGCCAAUAUGUGUUUUAUAUUGGUUCCUAGCCAUCUUGUGUUUUAAGAUUGGUUCCUAACCAUCGUGUGUUUAAAGAUUGGUUCCUAGCCAAUAUGUGUUUAAUAUUGGUUCCUAGCCAUCGUGUGUUUGAAAAUUGGUUCCUAGCCAUCAUGUGUGCCAUAGAAACUGAUGAAAAUUAUCUGGUAGCUUGAUAUCAAGUCAUAUAUGUGUCACUUAGAUAUGCAAUUUUAUCAUUGUUUUAUAUGUAUGCACCAAUAAGUUAUGUGUAAUCAAAGGUUUUGUUGCAUGCUGUCAGUGAUGUUAAUGUACCACUGUUUUGUGCCCACUGUUUUAUUGACUUGAUUGGAUAUAUAAUUAUGUCCACACAUUUUUUAUUUCAAAAUUAAAUGUAAUACACAUGAAGCAUUUUGAGAGACAAUUUUUAAAAUGUAAUACAUAUGAAGCAUUUUGAGAGAUAAUACAUUUAUAAAGUGUAAUACAUAUGAAGCAUUUUGAGAGAUAAUUUAUAAAGUGUAAUACAUAUGAAGUAUUUUUAGAGAUAAUUUAUGAAAUAUAAUACAUAUGAAGUAUUUUGAGAGAUUAUUUAUAAAGUGAAAUACAUAUGAAGUAUUUUUAGAGAUAAUUUAUGAAAUAUAAUACAUAUGAAGCAUUUUAAGAAAUAAUUUAUGGAGUGUAAUACAUAUGAAGUAUUUUAAGAGAUAAAUUAUGAAGUGUAAUACAUAUGAAGCAUUUUAAAAGGUAAUUUAUGAAGUGUAAUACAUAUGAAGCAUUUGUAAGACAAUUUAUAUUAUAAAGUGUAAUACAUAUGAAGCAUUUUGAGAGGUAAUUUAUGAAGUGUAAUACAUAUGAAGCAUUUGUAAGACAAUUUAUAUUAUAAAGUGUAAUACAUAUGAAGCAAUUUAACCCAUAAUUUUGAAGUGUAAUACAUAUGGAGCAUUUUAAAGAUAAUUUAUAAAGUGUAAUACAUAUGAAAUAUUUUGAUAAAUAAUUUAUGAAAUAUAAUGCAUAUGAAGCAUUUUAAGAGAUAACUUAUAAAGUGUAAUACAUAUGAAGCAUUUAAGAGAUAAUUUAUAAAGUGUAAUACAUAUGAAGCAUUUUGAGAGAUAAUUUAUGAAGUGUUAUACAUAUGAAACAUUUUAAGAGAUAAUUUAUGAAGUGUAAUACAUAUGAAGCAUUUGUAAGACAAUUUAUAAAGUGUAAUACAUAUGAAGCAUUUUAAGAGAUAAUUUAAAGUUUAAUAGAUAUGAAGCAUUUUGAGAGAUAUUUAUAAGUGUAAUACAUAUGAAGCAAUUUGAAAGAUAAUUUAAAAUGUGUAAUAGAUAUGAAGCAUUUUAAGAGAUAAUUGAUGGAGUGUUAUACAUAUGAAGCAGUUUGAGACAUACUUUUAAAGUGUAAUACAUAAGAAGUACCUUGAGAGAUAAUUUAUAAAAUGUAAUACAUAUGAAGCAUUAUAAAAGAUAAUUAAUAAAGUGUCAUACAUAUGAAGCAUUUUGAGAGAUAUUUUUAAGUGUAAUACAUAUGAAGCAUUUUGAGAGAUAAUUUAUAGUGUUAUACAUAUGAAGUAUUUUAAGAGAUAAUUUAUAAAGUGUAAUACAUAUGAAGCAUUUUGAGAGAUAAUUUAUAGUGUUAUACAUAUGAAGUAUUUUAAGAGAUAAUUUAUAAAGUGUAAUACAUAUGAAG